AUGGAGGAGAGACUGAACCUGUACUUCUACCCGCUGCAGAGACUCAAGAUCUAUGAAGAGCCAAACAAGGUGGAGGUGGCUCUGAGCCCCCUUAAGCAAACGGCGCGAGGAAAGGAGGAGGGGAUAGCAUCCUUUAAUUGCAGACCCGUGGAAAACCCACACAUGAUAUACGACUCGCUAAAUUCAAACAUACUCCAUGAGAUAAAAAAUUUUUAUGCUAGUGAUAAGGUGUAUCAUGUGGUCGGCUCCAAUUACCUUUCAAAGCCGGAGGAGAAGAAUGGAAGCGAGGUGGACGAGAAAGGGGACGACAACGGGGAUGAAGUGGAGGAUGAUGAGGAGGAGGAUGAAGAAGAGAACGAGGAAGGAGACGAAUGUUACUACACCGAUGGGGAUGCAAAUCCGGAGGAAUAUGGCGAGGACCCAUUUGGCGAUGAAACCAAGUCAAAGAAGAGGGACAAGUCCUCGAACAGGAAUGCGGGUCCCCGUUGCAGCGGAAGGGGUUCAAAGAGUCAGGAUGUUAGUGAGAGGAAAAGGGCAAUGCGGAGUUGUCUGGACUUCCUGCGCAGCUCGCGCAAUUAUGAAAAAGAAAUACGACGCGACCACACCAGAGUGCGUGCAUCACUUGACGUGGUUAACACCCUGGCCACCUUUUACAUAGACAAAAGCAUGCACCUGGACAGCAGGUAUGCAUAUGACUUAAGCUGCAACGUCAAGUGCCCUGUUCUGGUGAUGCCCAGUGGAUUCUACAAUAACGAAAUAAAGUUAAUGGAGACUCAAAUUGGUGAAUGUAUAUACGAUGAGGGGAGCGGGAGAAGCGAAAAGGGGUUGCCUGCUGAUUACCUACCUGUGAAUCUGAAAUUCUGCUUUGACAAUGAAGUCACCAUCGUGCCGACUAACCUCUCCACUGGAAACUACGACACAAACGAGAGGGGCCUUCUUCCCACCUACUAUAGAUAUACGCAAAAAGUGAAGCUGGCAAAGGAGUACAAUAGGAAACGCUCAUAUGGAAAAGAGUACAAGGUGGAGAACGACCAUCUUUUGUAUAAGCUCGAGAGAAACUUCACGGAACUGAAUCAAAAAGAAUCAAUUACCCUUAGCAAAUAUUUAAGAAUUAAGGAAAUAAAAACAGACACGAAUAAUAUUAACGAGUCAGUUGUGUAUGCGAGGAAUGACGUUGGGUUGGUCAUUUUCCAAGUGCAAUACUGUCCUGGGGAUGGGUUCCAUUGGGAUGGUGCCCUGUGGAGGGGAAGUGGAGACGAGGACUCAUCGCGUGAUGAGUGUACUUCACAUUCUUGGCAAGGCAACAAAUGCAGCACUACUACACGUAGGUCAUUGAGGAACACCAAAGAAGAGGAGGCGUUCCAAAUCCUUAAUUACAAAAUAAAAAUAGCCAAAGACAUUCUCCUAUUUGACAGACUGAUGCAGAUCUGUCCUAGUACGUGGACAUACGGGAGGUGCACUAUGUUGGGUAAUUACAAUAGUUUGUAUUCCUACGAUUUAGAAACUAAUCUAAUGCAAAUCGUGGAGCUGAAACAAACAGGGGGAUAUUUUAAAAAGUACGAUACUGCUUUGUGCUUGUGUUACCUUCAAGAUGAAAAUACUCUCCUACUAGGAUGUCGCAGCUUAUACAUAUAUGAUACAAGGGAGAAAUUUUUGUCUAGGUUUAGUACAAGGAAUAGAGGUGCGAAGAGAGUGUCCACGAGGACCGUCAGACAGAAGGCAAGGGAUCAUUUCUUAACAGGAAUACCAUUAGAAAUGAAAACAAACCCAGAGAACGUAUUUCAUGAGGAUAGGAACAGAUCCCAUUUUAAUAGAAGUUACACAGCAGUUGCUAAGAACCCACACUUUUCCUUUAUCGUUGCAUCUGUUAAUGCAUCUUUUAAUGUCAUUGAAAUAUGGGAUCUAAGAAAUCAGUAUGAACCCAUUUUUCUUUUCCCACUUAACAUUUCAGAAUUUAAGGAGUCCUAUUUUAGGUACAUCGAAUGGAUCUGCAUAACCCCCACUGGACAAAACAUGUAUGAACAAAAGACCAGCUACAAUUUAAUUACUUUUUCUUAUUAUGAAAAUAUGGUUUACGUCAGGCGCAUUUUAAUUCGUGAUGAUUUUACUUCGUACAAGGAUUUAGGGAUGGAGGCGUACACGAACCACUCCUUCAGCUUUGCGUAUAAUUAUACGUUCAAGGGGGUCUCUCCUGGAGGGGCAGCCGACGCCUACGACGCGCACCACAGCGGCAACACGCAUGACAGCGGCAACACGCGCACGGGGUAUAGCUCGACAGACGCGGCCGACUGUCCCCCUCUGCCAAACUCACGUAACCAUGCCGCUCAGCAAGAGGCCUGCAGGACGGAAGUGGACUCUGCCAAGGAUGACCUCCGAGCAAACAACAUGCAGAUGCGACAGGACGUGUCCUUCAAUCACAUAUUUAGUUACAAAUCUGUAAAGAUUCAUGUAGAGGAGUCCCUCCUUGUGGACACAGCAAAGUUCACUCCCAUGCAGAAGAACAAAACGGAGUCGAUCAGACUCAUAUCGGAUCAUGCCAAGUACAAUUCGAUCAACACUAAAAUGUAUAAUUUAUUUUUUGGUGUGUAUGGAAUGACAUUCGUGCAGUUGUGUGUGCCGGUUUUGUAUUGUGCUAGGCAACCUGAGGGGGGGGGGUCUUCUCUCACACGGCGAGUACCUCCUUCACUGUCUAGUGCCGACUCUCGCAACCGAUGCGAUGGGACCCCCUCACCUGGGGAAUAUCUGGAGGAACGCUUCUACCUCGAUGGGAAAAACACACGCACGUGGAAUUACUUUGUGAAGAAAAAAAACCUCCAACAGAAAGCAUAUCGUGUGAAGAGGCAAGAAAUUGUAGGAGUCAAAUUUGAUUAUGUUCAAUUUAUUUUUCACACGAAUUCUGCUGGGCAGCUCUUUUGUACUCCAAUCAACUUAUGUAUGAAGAAUUUACCUCAAGAGAAGACCAAGGAGUGGAUUCCAGUAAAUAAAUCCUACGUGGCCAGCACCUACCGUAAUGAGGGCCUGCCCGCGAUGCUUAGCAGGUUCGCUGACCUGGUGCAGAAUACGCGGCGGGGUGAGGUAACGCAGCAGCGGGGUGCAGUAACGGAGCCGUUACCCGACUCGUCGCCAACCCCACACAACUACAAACAGGAAGAGGGAGACGAUUUUAAUUUUCUCCAUGUAAACGAUUUUGAAGGGAUCAUUUCAAAUGAGGUAGAUCCCGUAGAAAGGGAUACACAUACCUGUGAGGGAGAGGAAGGAAGAAACAAUGAAUGGCUGGAUGGGGGACACAAGAGCAAAUUUAGCACCCCCGCCCGCCUCCACAUAUCCACUGCUCAAGCAACACAACCCAUUGACUUCCUACAUCUGAAUAAGGACAACUGCGACAUGUUAAAACAUACGCAGUCUCAGUUUUGUAAUGUCACUUAUGAAUUUUUUAUUCACUUGUUUAAGCUAGUGUGUCGGGACAAAAUUCUGAUGGUGCAGAAUAAUACAAAUGUUAUAAAAGUAGCGAGCCUGAAAAAAGGGUGCCCAUUAAGUAGAAUGCUUGUCUUAAAGAUUAAGGGGUGCCUUCAGAGGGAGCUCUCUUCUCCCCCUAACUCGCCACCCCCUCUCCGUGUUGAGGAAAAUUCCGACCAGGUCUGUCACAAAAGGGGGAAAGCGAAGAGUGUAUCCGAGGGUAGGCAUUCUUCCUACUGUGACUCCUUCAGGGUGCCUCUCUCGACCCCAGACGUGGUUGCCACCCAGGAUGGACCUAGUACUAGAUUUGCCUCGUUAAGUCCCGCGCCUGCUAAGUUGAGCAAGGAAGAAAUACCUAAUGGAGCGAAAAAAAUGACCAAUCAGGAUGCUUCUGCGCAGCAAGUCGGGGAAGGGAAUUUACCUGAACGGGCAAGGUGGAAAAGCUUUACGCACGACGUCGCGAACAAUAUCGAGCAGAGCGUCAUACAAAGGAGCGCCAGUGGCAAGACCUCCAAGCGGCUUCAGACGAAAUCUGAUUUGAUUAUCGAGCGGAUGCAGGAGUGGACACGAGGAGGCAGAAAAGCGCAGAGGGGAAAAAACACCACCCAUGGUACCACCACGCAAAAGAGAAGAAAAAGACGAAAAAAAAAAAAAAAAGCAACUUCCUCCCAAUGCCGUAACAGUGAGACCCUCUGCUCCAAGCACAACCUUUAUGAGCUUUUUGCAAAAUAUAAUGUGAGAGCCGAAUUUAAGAAUGACGUUAUGCAGACGAAUCUUCUUCCCAAUUGCAGCUACGUUAAUGUGAAUUACCUGAACAAGACAUUUUUUAGGGAAAGGAAACAUGCAUUGUGCACAUUCCAUUUUAAUAAAUUUUUUUAUGUGCAAACGAUGGCCGAUUUGAAAUGGUCUGCUUAUGGACUGACCGACCAGAUGAGGAAUCAAUUUGUGCGGGACAGCUGUCCGUACGUGACCUUCUCGCCGAAUUUUCAGCCCAGUCGGAUACUCAAGGGGGCGCCCUCGGGACAAAACGGCGCAGAAGAGAGCGGCGGCGGUGUGCAUGAUCGUGUGCACGAGUUUUCUAACCACAACGAGAAACUCUUUUACGAACAGAGCGCUUUUAAUUUUCCCGCAUUUCUGCUAAACCUGCUGGGCGAGAAAGAAAGCGCCGCAACGGAUCAGAGGGGAAGCAUCACGCAGGGGCGUGGGGAAUUGAACGAAAAAUGUCAAGGCAACAAAGGUAGUGACAGAGUAGAAGAACAGAAAGGACCCCACAUCGAGGUCAACCAGAAUGACGCCCAAUUCGGUCAGAUCACCAACUUCCUGUCCCCAAAUGAGGGUUACACAUUUGACGCACUGGAAGAGAUAAAGAGCCAAGUAGAAGAGGGAGGUAACGAUUAUCAACAGAGCGAGCCGCAAAGCAGUAGAAGCAAUGUGAACCCCUUUGGUAAUUUUGUUCAGACUGGGGGGGCAGAAGAAAUUGGAGACUCCUACAAGCCCCCUCAAGAAGAUAUACAGCACAUGAGAGUUACAGAAUGGGGGGAAGAUGCUAAACGGGGAGAAGUCAAACAAAAAUACCCCCUGUCAGUCCUAACAAACGCACACAAGAUGAAGGAGCUGCUCUGCCUGUACAACCAGGGAGGAGUGCAACACAUACUGGAUACAAUGAAAAGAGCAAAGUUGGGGAAAAAAAAAAAAAAAAAAAAAAAAAAAAAAAACGAAAAGCGGUUAAAGAAACUCUGCGAGGAUAUCUCCAAAGAGCUAAACAAAUGUGUGUCUGUAAAAAACUUCCUCUUCUACGAUGCGCCCAUUUGUUUCUGCCUGUAUGGAAAUGACCCAAAUAAUAAAAGGCAAUACAACACCUACAUUAAUUCAUAUACGUUCCUGUUUGACGUGGUACGUUUCUUCGGUAACAAUGUUGCUGUUGGGCAUGAAAUUGAGCGACUUUACCUGCAUGGCCGUGUUCCCCUUAUGUGUGAAGAGGACAGUGUUGAAAUGGCAGCCCACUCCUUAAGUGAAGAAGGCGAUCAUAAUGGGAAAAAUGUAGGUACAGGGCCGUGUGCCCCCCAAGUUGAUGAAACAGCUAAUGAAGACCCCUUCUGGGAAGACGACCCCUUCGUGCGACUGAGACGUGCCCGUCGUAUUAACCGUUUGGACAGCAGGGACGGACUCCCCAAUUAUGACCACUUGUUGAACAGAUUCAAAAGGAAUGGACUACUCUUCAUGAGCAAAGACAUCACGUACCAAACAUUUCAACACAUGUUGCAGAAUGAAUACUACAUUCCUGUGCCGAAAUAUAUGAAGAACGACAUAAAAAUGAAGGAUGAGAAUUUUCAGUGCACCCCAGUCAGCUGCUUUAAAAAUCAUGUCAUUGCAUUUUACAAUAAAAAAUUAUCCGAUGUGUACAAUUCCAUUGACUUUCGCGAUUUAAAAAAUUUCAACAUGCACCAAUAUGUAUACCACGAAUAUUUUAACCUUUCGGGCAUUCAGACAGGCACCCCUGGAAGUGCUACUCUGAAUAAGUACAUAGACCAUGGGGAGGGCAAGCAUAGCACUUCCGCGGCCUUGGGUGGUUUUAAGGGCGGAUACAAAAUUGAUUGCGCUCUGUUGAACAAGCUGUAUAAGUUGUGGCCUAGCGAGUCCCACACUUGCGAAUCGAGGCAGGAUUACUUGGAAAUGAUGAAGACGCUUGAAAACAGGAAAAAGGCUAUCUUUCACAAGUAG